ACGGAAGGGGAAGCUUUUUCGGUUUUUAACGACAUUCGAACGUCGCCGUCUCAGUGCCCGUCCGACUCGCGAAUCGCAUGUACGCUCGGUCUUCUCGAGGUUUUUUCUUUUUUCUUCUCUCUCGUACGUUAGCACGAUACUGAACGGUCUGGGAGGAGACAGAGAAGUCGUUAUUCAGGACUUAGAUCGCCCUUCUCCCUCCGCCAGACUCCCUCCCAGCGCGCACUGGUGUCGAGGAGGUGCCGUUUUCGUACGAUUGCCCUUAAAGGUCGAUUUAAGGGUCGGGCUAGUAACUCCGUUGUGAAUUGAACGGUUAUGGUGCCGAGAUCGCGGUGAACAAAGUUCCUAUAGAACUUCUGGCGGGACGCUUUUCUUAUCCGAGCGAAAAAAAAGGAGGUCUUUAUAAUCCGAUCUGAAUUGACAAUAGACGAUAACCGAUCGAACUGACGACAAUUGAUAAACGUGCAAGGGACGUUUCUUAUCUUCACCAGCAGUGCUGAGGGCAGACGCACGCAUUCUCCUCGGGAGCGACCUGCCUGUCGUGGUAUACCUCAUUUCUACCGACACCCUGUAUGCAGAGACACGUCGGUCGCCAAGUGUCCAAUGCUCCCAUUAAGAAUAUGAGUUCCGAGCCGUGGACCUUGCCUCCGAAGCAAGGUCUAUAUGACCCUACCCUCGAACGAGAAGCUUGCGGCGUUGGUUUUAUCGUCGCCAUUGACGGGAAGAGGUCGCACAAGAUCAUUCGAGAUGCUCAGACAUUGUCGGCGCGAAUGAAUCAUAGGGGGGCAUGCGCCUGUGAUAACGACACUGGUGACGGCGCCGGUGUGCUUUGCGCAAUACCGCAUGAUUACUAUGCCAAUGAAAUUCGCCAACAGCAAAAUAUCGAACUGCCCGAGUUCGGACGGUACGCGACUGGUAUCUUAUUCCUCGACAAGAACACUUACAAGGAGGCGGAAGCCGGGUUUGAGAAAGUAGCUAAGGAGUGCAAUUUAAGAGUAUUGUGUUGGCGUGACGUUCCCACUGAUAGGACCCAGAUUGGUCAAGUGGCGAAGAAAUGCGAACCAUACAUGCGUCAAGUGUUCGUUACCGGCGAUCAAGACGCGGAAACGCUUAAACGACAGAUUUUUGUGCUGAGAAAGAGAUCGUCGCAUAUAAUCCCGCGACCGGAAUUGCGAUACUACAUUUGCUCGUUGUCGUUGAAGACGGUUGUCUACAAAGGUCAGCUCACCGCUGAUCAGUUAUGGCUGUAUUUCACGGACUUGAAGUCUCCGAAAUUCGAGACCUAUCUGGCACUGGUACACACACGGUUCUCCACAAAUACUUUUCCGAGCUGGGAAAGAGCACAUCCUUUGCGCUUGCUUGCUCACAACGGUGAAAUUAAUACGCUGCGCGGCAAUGUAAACUUUAUGAAGGCGCGAGAAGGUGUGAUGAGCAGCCAGAUAUAUGGCGAUCAGCUGAAGCAGCUCUAUCCAGUCGUAGAACCGAAUCUCUCUGACUCUGGAUCUGCGGACUGUGUGCUCGAGUUCUUGGUAAUGGCAGGACAACGCUCCUUGCCCGAGGCUGUCAUGACGAUGGUACCAGAAGCUUGGCAGAACGACUUGACGAUGGCCACUGAAAAGCGAGACUUCUAUCACUGGGCGGCGUGCGUCAUGGAACCCUGGGACGGCCCGGCUCUUCUCACCUUCACCGACGGCCGCUAUGUCGGCGCUAUCUUGGACAGAAACGGCCUGCGCCCGUCGCGCUUCUACGUCACUAAGGAUAACAUGAUGGUGAUGGCGUCCGAAGUGGGCGUCUAUGAUACUCCGCCCAGCAAUGUAGUCCUGAAGAGUCGCUUGAAACCCGGCCGGAUGCUUCUCGUUGACACCGAAGAGAAGAGGAUCAUACAGGAUGUCGAGCUGAAGUUGCAGAUUGCUCGAAGCAGGCCUCAUUCUCAAUGGCUCAAGGAACAGAGGAUUACCAUGGAUGAAUUGCGUGCCGCACACGUUCUCAAUGGCAAUGCAGGGAACGUGAUUGAGAACGGUCUAUCCAGCGAGACAGCCAUUGCAAAAAAGAACGCUAUCAACGACAUAAACGAGAUUUCGGCUGUGAAUAAAGUUUGGAGUGGCGAUAAACGGCUCUCUCUUUACGGUUACACUCUGGAGACAAUCAAUUUACUGCUUCUGCCCAUGGUGCAAACCAAAAAAGAAGCAUUAGGAUCUAUGGGCAAUGACGCUCCUCUGGCGUGUUUGUCGGAAUUCCAGCCAUUGUUGUACGAGUAUUUCAAACAAUUAUUUGCGCAGGUAACGAAUCCACCGAUCGAUCCAUUCCGCGAGAAGAUUGUAAUGUCGAUGCUGUGCCCAAUCGGGCCCGAGGGUAACAUUUUGGAACCGAGCGAGUUGCAAGUACAUCGUCUAUUCCUGCCUCAACCGAUAUUGUCUCUGAAUGAUCUUGAGGUUCUGAAGCACACGACUCAUCGCAAUUGGAGAGCAAAAGUAAUCGAUAUCACUUACCCUGUUGAAGACGGGCCUGGAGGUUUGUUGAAGACGCUGAAUCGCGUUAACAACGAGGCUAAUGCGGCCGCUAGAGACGGUUAUCAGCUCCUCGUGCUAUCCGAUCGACAAGGUGGUCCGACAAGAGUUCCGGUAAGCAGCCUGUUGGCUCUGGGCGCCGUUCAUCAUCAUUUAAUCGAAGAAAGACAGCGAAUGAAGGUUGGUCUUAUAUUGGAAACCGCCGAGGCCCGAGAGGUGCAUCACAUUUGCGUGCUACUUGGUUACGGGGCGGACGCCAUAUGUCCUUACUUAGUAUUUGAGAUGGCGAAAAAUCUGAGAGCGGAUCACGUUUUCGAUGAAACCUUUACCGAUGAUGUUAUUUAUAAGAAUUACGCAGAAGCUAUGGAACGAGGAAUUGCGAAAGUGAUGGCCAAGAUGGGAAUCUCGACUUUGCAAUCCUACAAAGGAGCGCAGAUAUUCGAAGCAGUUGGAUUGGCCGACGAAGUCAUCGAUAAGUGCUUCAAGGGCACUCACUCUCGUAUUGGUGGUGUGACAUUUGAUAUUUUGGGCAAAGAGGCGUUCGAGCGACAUCAAAUAACAUACUGGGAUAAACCGAUGGAUUUGUUGGUCAUUCGUAAUCCAGGAAUUUAUCACUGGCGAUCCGGUGGCGAGAAACAUAUCAAUGAUCCCGUCAGCAUCGCUAGUUUACAGGAAUAUGUUGUCUCCAAGAACAACCCUGCUUAUGAGAAUUAUCGUAAGACGACGAUGGAAGUGGUCAAAGCUUGCACUUUGCGUGGCCAACUCGAACUGAAGAAUUCGCGUAAUCCGAUUUCCAUCACAGACGUGGAAGCUGCGUCGGAAAUCGUAAAACGCUUCGCGACCGGCGCAAUGAGUUUCGGCAGCAUCUCCUUGGAAGCUCACACUACUCUGGCAAUCGCUAUGAAUCGUAUCGGCGGCAAAUCGAACACCGGUGAAGGUGGUGAAAACGCGGACAGGUAUCUGAACCAGGAUCCAGAGUUUAGCAAGCGAUCGUCUAUCAAGCAAGUAGCGAGUGGUCGCUUUGGCGUUACUGCCAGUUACCUGGCGAACGCAGACGACCUGCAGAUCAAGAUGGCGCAAGGCGCGAAACCCGGUGAGGGUGGCGAGCUUCCCGGUUAUAAGGUCACUGCAGAGAUUGCCGCCACCAGGCACUCGGUAGCUGGGGUCGGUUUGAUCUCGCCACCACCACAUCACGACAUCUAUUCCAUUGAAGAUCUGGCUGAACUUAUCUACGAUCUCAAAUGCGCCAAUCCAAAUGCCCGCAUUUCCGUCAAGCUCGUAUCCGAGGUCGGCGUGGGCGUUGUCGCCGCCGGCGUUGCUAAGGGUAAAGCCGAACACGUAGUGAUAUCCGGCCACGAUGGCGGCACCGGCGCCAGCAGCUGGACCGGCAUCAAAUCCGCCGGAUUGCCCUGGGAAUUGGGCAUCGCCGAAACGCAUCAGGUGCUGACAAUGAACAAUCUGAGAUCACGCAUUAUUGUUCAAGCAGACGGUCAAUUGCGCACGGGUUUCGAUAUUGUGGUGGCUGCGCUGCUUGGGGCGGACGAGUUUGGUUUCAGUACCGCCCCGUUAAUUGCAAUGGGCUGCACAAUGAUGAGAAAAUGCCACUUGAACACCUGUCCAGUUGGCAUCGCCACGCAAGAUCCAGUAUUGCGAAAGAAAUUUGAGGGCAAGCCAGAACAUGUAAUCAACUUCUUCUUCGCAUUGGCUGAAGAGGUACGUUCGCAUAUGGCGAGCCUGGGCAUCCGCAAAUUCCAAGAUCUAAUCGGACGCACAGACCUUCUUAAAGUACGUGAUGACAUCUCUGUUGAAAAAGCCAAAACCUUAAAUCUCAACAACAUUCUGCGAAAUGCGUUGGACUUAAGGCCCGGCGUAAAUAUCAAGGGUGGUUCCGUAAAGCAAGAUUUCCAAUUAGAGAACAGACUCGACAAUAAACUAAUUGAACUAGCUGAGCCUGUUAUGAACGGAGUACAUAAUCGAGUUGAUAUCGAAAUGAACAUCAAUAACGAAUGCAGAGCAUUUGGAUCAACGUUGAGUUAUCAUAUAGCUAAACGAUUUGGAGAGGAUGGAUUGCCCGAGCAUAGCAUCAAUAUCAAGAUGAAAGGUUCUGCUGGUCAAAGUUUUUGCGCAUUUAUGACGAAGGGUGUUCAUGUCACCCUUGAAGGCGAUGCUAAUGAUUACGUCGGCAAAGGCCUCUGUGGAGGUGAAAUUAUCAUAUACCCGCCGAAGGACUCUGAGUUCAAUUCGGAGGCGAACGUGAUCGUCGGAAAUGUCUGUCUUUACGGAGCUACUUCCGGAAAAGCCUACUUCCGUGGCAUCGCUGCCGAGAGAUUCAGCGUGCGUAACAGUGGGGCAAUUGUCGUGGUGGAAGGUGUGGGUGAUCAUGGUUGUGAAUAUAUGACCGGCGGUUGCGCCUUGAUCCUGGGUCUUACCGGCAGGAAUUUCGCGGCUGGAAUGUCCGGUGGAAUCGCGUACGUCUUGGAUGUCGACGGCUCUUUCAAGAGCAAGUGCAAUCCAGAAAUGGUGGAGUUGUUGCCGCUCAACAAGCCAGAAGAAAUUGCUUAUGUGAAACAAUUACUGGAGGAAUUUAUCGAGAAGACAGAUUCGCUGAUUGCACAAGAUUUGCUCGCCACGUGGCCAGAACCGACCACGAGAUUUGUCAAGGUAUUCCCUUACGAGUACCAGCGAGCACUCAAACAGCUGGAGGAGGCGAAGCAACAAACUCCCAGCAUGAUUAAUGGUAACGCACAAAUGACGAACGGCAAGAUCAAAGAUAUAGAGGAUUCUAUAGAAGACGCGGAUAUGGCACAACGAAAGUUGGACAAGAUCAGAGGUUUCAUGAAAUAUUCAAGACAGAAGAUCAUGUACAGACCGGCCGAAAAGCGUAUAGAUGAUUGGGAUGAAAUAUACAAUUUCCAGGGUGUUAGGAAGACUCUGCGAGUGCAAGCGGCAAGGUGCAUGGAGUGCGGCGUGCCAUUUUGUCAGAGCAGUCACGGUUGCCCAUUGGGUAACAUCAUUCCUAAGUGGAACGACCUCGUGUUUCACCAAAACUGGAAAGAGGCCUUGAAUCAAUUGUUGCAAACUAAUAAUUUUCCUGAGUUUACUGGAAGAGUCUGCCCCGCACCUUGCGAGGGUGCAUGCGUCCUGGGAAUCUCUGAACCACCAGUGACAAUCAAGAAUAUCGAGUGUGCCAUAAUCGAUCAUGCAUUUGAGCAAGGUUGGGUCAUGCCUCAUCCGCCAACCCGUAGAACCGGACGGUUAGUAGCUGUAGUCGGAUCCGGUCCCGCAGGUUUAGCCGCCGCUCAUCAAUUGAAUAAAGCAGGUCAUACAGUGACCGUAUUUGAAAGAAAUGACAGAAUCGGCGGGUUGCUGCAGUAUGGCAUACCGACUAUGAAACUAUCCAAACAGGUCGUACAAAGAAGAGUCUCUCUACUCGCCGCGGAAGGAAUCAUCUUCAGAACGAAUGUCGAUGUAGGCAAGGAUAUUACAAUGCAGGAACUUCAAGAACAAUACGACGCGAUACUGUUAUGUACAGGCGCGACAUGGCCGCGAGAUCUGCCGAUUCCGGGUCGACAGCUGGAGGGAAUUCACUUUGCCGUGAGCUUCCUAGAGCACUGGCAAAAGAAACAAAUGGGUAACGCAGCGCACCUAGAUAUGCGGCUGAUGGCCAAGGAUAAGGAUGUUAUCAUCAUAGGUGGCGGCGAUACCGGAUGCGAUUGUAUAGCAACUUCGCUACGUCAGGGUGCGAAGACAAUUACAACCUUCGAAAUCUUGCCCGAACCGCCAGCCCAAAGGGGCAACGAUAAUCCGUGGCCUCAAUUCCCACGAGUGUUCAAGGUUGACUACGGUCAUGAGGAGGUGUCCCUGAAAUUCGGCCGAGAUCCGCGUAGGUACAGUACGUUGAGCAAGGAAUUCCUGGACAACGGAAACGGCCACGUGAGUGGCAUUAAGACGGUGAACGUGGAGUGGCGAAAGGAUGAGAAUGGUCGAUGGAAGAUGGAAGAGGUACCAAAUUCAGAAAAAGUGUACAAGUGCGAUUUGGUACUACUCGCCAUGGGCUUCCUCGGACCUGAGAAGUACAUCGCCACGGAAGUGAAUGCUGCAAUGGACGAAAGAGGAAACUAUAAAACUCCAGUUGGAAAAUAUUGUACAAGUUUACCCAAAAUAUAUGCGGCAGGCGAUUGCAGACGUGGACAGUCUCUCGUGGUAUGGGCGAUUGCAGAAGGCAGAAUGGCUGCGAAGGAAGUUGAUUUGGCCUUGAUGGGCGAAACCGGCCUUCCCGGAAGCGGUGGUGUCAUAAUUGGCGUUAGCGCUUAAGGACCUUCAUGAUGGAUGUUGGUCUUCCAAUUAAAACAAAGAAAAGAUCCCCGUGCACGCGUACUGCAAGGAAAGAGUCGUCUACCGACUCUCAGGAGGCAAGGAAAGAUUCCUUAGAGAUCUAAGGAUGCGAGUGGGACUCGAGGAUUCGAAAGUUCCAUAGAAUCCAAGGAGAUACAAGCCUAGAAUCGUAGAAUUCAGAAAUUCAAGAGUCCGAAGAAUGUAAACAUUCGUGAAAAUCCAUGGAUUCAAACUUCCAGUAAUCCAAUGAUUCAUAAUUCCUAGGAUGUGGAGAUCGAAGGAUUUUCCUAGGACUAAAUGACUCAAAAAUUUAAAGAAUUGAACAUCUGAAAUUGUUAAGAACCUAAAGACCAGAAAAUUCGUGUAUCUGAAUUUUACGACAAUUAAGAAUUAGGGUUCAAGAAUUCAAAUAUUCAAGGAUCUAACAACGAGGCCAUUAGAAAAACAAGUUCCAACUUCAGAUAUGAAAAUUAAAGAAUUAAAAAAAUUAAAGAUUUUUAAUUAUAAAGAGAUAAAGGAAUAUGUAACUCAAAAUUGUGCAAGAAUUUAAGCAUUCUGUCAAGACAUUUUGAAAAUCAAGAAUUUAAACAUAUAGAAAUUUUAUCCAAGAAAUUAAAAAAUCUUUUAUUUCAAAAAUUGUUUAAUCACAUCUAACUUAUAUGUCAAUGUAUAUGAUAAAAAUUUAAUAAUUUUAUCCUUUGCAGAUAACAACUUUAAAAUCGAAAAAUUUAACAUCGGUUAUUUGGAAAAUAAGAAAUUUAAAAAAUUUAGAAUUGCUGAUAAAGAAGUCCAAAAAUCUGCCAAUAAGACACUAGGAAAUUCGAAAAAUUAAAGAGCUUGGCAUUCGAGUAUUCGCAGGUUUCAAGCGAUUACAAGCAUUCGAGGAUUUAAGAAUCGGAAGAUUUUCAGACCUCGAUCUGAGGAUGUGAUAAUCAAGUGAGAAACGAGAAACGAAGUACGAUAAUUUUUGUGGCGUGAAUCUCUCCGUAUCAGAGUAUCCGUAUCGAAUAAUAAAUGUAAUUUUUCUGUAGUGGAAUCGUCUAAACAUCUCGUUCGUCCAAUUAGAAUUAAUCAUACGCGAGAGAACUAGAGCUUUGAGUAUAGGAAAACAUACUGAAAAAUGAGCUGAUAGCAGGAUACGUAACUCCGACGGAUUUAUAUUAGGCGAUAUACUUUGCCUAUGCUAAAAUAUUCUUUUAAACGUGCAACUACAAAUUAUUUUAAAAAUAAAAAUAAAGAGAGAUGUUUCAGUAAAGCAUUAUUUAUAAAGCACACCUGUAUGAAACUACUAGUGUUUUCCAGCUUUUCAGAGCAAAUAUUGAAAAAGCAGAAAUGAUAUUCUUAAUUAUUAUGCAGUUUAGGUACUUCAAAUACAAUUAAAAAUUUAUUCCGUUAUAACGCAAAACGUUCGAUUGUGAUUAUUAACGAAGUUUAUGUGUAAGUACAAAAAGUAUUCGUAUAUCGCCAUUUUUCCUCUGUACGUUUUAAUUAGCAAUUAAGGAUGUAAACAUGAAUAGACCAUAAAGCGUUAUAUAAUAAAAUAAUAUUCAUACAUUAUCAUCUUUAUUUUUUUGAAUCUCAUUUUAUUAGUCAAUAGCAGAUAAACUCAACAUCUAUAAAAUAUAGAUGUUAUAUAUUUUAAAAUAUUUAGAUAUAUUUUAAAAUAUUACGUUGUACUGAUACAUCGUAUAUAAAACUAUGAGCGACAACAUAUCUGUGACGUUUAUUAUUUAAUUAGCAGUAUAAAAAUAUUUUUAUAAUUAAAGAUAUUACUUUAGUAGAUUUUAUAUUAUUUCAUUAUUAUUAAAUAUUUUUUUAAUUCGACCUUAAUGAAUUUGCUUUGUAAUAAUUUUUAGUUAAAAACUACAUUUAUUAUUUAAGGACUAAAGAUACAAACAAUAAAAGUUUGUAUACAGAUUUGUUUCAUCUUUCUUUUAGAAUGUGUGAUGAACAAUUAAUAUUAUUGCAAAAUAAAAUGAUGGCAUACGAAUACUUUAUGGUACACUUAUUUCUUGUUCUCCAGUAUAUGGUCACUAGUAUUUUUAGCAUUCUUGGGCAUUCGCCUAGGUUGCCUAGCGUAUUAUUACAGAUCUGCUUAUAUUAUCGAUGAGAAAAGUUAACACGAAUUGCCGAAAGAUCAUGCUAUAGCAUAAAUGAUAAAAGGACAAUGUAGCACUUGUACUAUAUAUAUAUGUCGUUUCACUGCAAUUCCAUAAUAAUAAUUCUGCCAAUUAUUUCACAAUCAAAUUUUUGCAAGUGAAUAGAAAACGAUCGUUUAAUUCUUUAACCGCACAACUAUAAUUGUGAUCAAACAUAAACUUGAUCAUAAAUUUAUUGCAUCUGAAUUCUGUUAGCAAAAUAAUCAUGACAUUCUUAAAAUAUAUGAAUUCACAAAAAGCAAAGAGAAAAGAUUUAAUUCUUUAUAAAAAUUGUAUAUAAUUUAAAUAUAAACAAUAUUCAAAAUUUACUAAUUGCAUAACUUUGUAAAGAAUGAUUCAAUUAUUUUUUAAUUAAACAUUGAAUUAAAUAAACAUCUCAGUUUUGAUUUAAAUAUAAUUAUUGCAAAUAAUGGAUUCAUUAAGUAGAAUAAAAUAAAAUCAACAUUGGUUAAAGGGUUAAUAUCGACGAAUUACUUAACUGCGCGUCUUUAAUGCUUUCGUAAGCUGAAAAUAUUCUACUGAAUUGCUUUUAUAUUUAUAUAAAUCGCAGUAUUACUUUUACUUACGCGUAUACUAUGGAGAAAAAAGCAUCAGCUUUUAAUUUUUCGUAAAGUUCACAUUUUUGAAGAAAAUCUACAGCUAGGCCUUAAAUUAGAAAUCUACCGCUGAAGAAUAAUUACCAACGAAAAAAAUUAACGUUUCAUAUUUAGACGAUUUAUUUCUAAUGCAAUUUACCUUUUUAUUCAUAGCCAUGUAAAUUUCAAUAAAUACAAUAUCUUGAGACAAUAAAUAUAUAUUGAACGUUACGAGUAA